AUGUGCUUCAAGAGUUUGACCCUUCUGGGCCUCAUAUCUCUUGUCGCAUUGACUGGAGCCAAGUUACGGUGGAAAUGUGAACUGUUUGAUACGAGUCAAGAGACGUCGACGAAGACGACUUUCGUUGAAUUCGUCAAGGACAAGUCACCCGAACCCUCUAUUCCGGACACUCCGAAUGGCUCGAAUCCUCCACGUUCUCCACGCUCAACAACGACGAAAAAUGGAAAGUGUAGACCUCGUCCGAAGAAUGAAACAGAUGCAAUUUCAACUGAAACUCAGACAUUGAAGAUGCAGAAGAAUCGAGGAAUGAUUCAAUCGGAUAUGCCUGUUAAUGUGAUUUCUGGAGAUACAGCUCUACCGAAUGUCAGAUAUCAGAGAAAGGAGUCGAAUCAGCUGCUAGAUUUGAAUAUUGGUCCUGGAUUCGAAGAGAGUAACGAUCCGUAUGGAAGGAGUAAGCAACCGACACCAAAAUUAUUCCGUCCCGCCCAUCUCAAAGGAGCCGACGAGCUCGAAAUGCCAGUCGCAGAACAUUUGGAUGAGAACGUCAUGCCAGAUUUCCAAUUCGACGAUGAAGAAGCUCCGCCCAUUGAAGAAGAUCUUCCAUGGUGUCCAGAGGAUUCAGAUGACGACUGUGACACAGCAGAUCUCGAGAGUUUGAGUAUUGCAGAGUUGGUCGAUCUGAAAGGGAAAUGUGAGACUACAGUGAGUACGGAAAGGAAAGAAUUGAUUGAUAAGUUGAUUCGAACUGAAAGAAAUCAACCGGAAGUCGUUCCAACUGAUCGAACUGCGGUGUUGCCACCAACUGGAGAGACCAAUUGUUCAAUGAAUCCAUCGGAUAUUUUGGAUGAAAAAAAGAGAGAAAAAUAUGAGAAAGAGUGUCCGUGUGAAGAGAAUACAAGCAAAAUGAGUGAAGAGGAGUUCGAGAUUUUUAAGAAACAGUGUUUGGAUCCGAUCGAAGAACCUGGGGAACCACGGAAUCUCAUUCGCAAAAAUGGAAGGUGUGGAGCGUCUCAGAAGAAGAUUAAGGAGAUGAGUGAGAAGGAAUACGAGUUAUUUGUGAAGGAAUGUUAUGUGGAACCGAAGAAUAUUGUGUUGAAGAAGAUAUUGAUUGUCAAUGAUCGACCGGAAUGCAAAGAGGUCGAAACGAAGAAAAUGAGCAAAUCGGAGUUCUCCAAAUUCCAAAAGAAAUGCAUCACUUCUAAGAACUGUGAAGAUGUGGACAAGACGAAGAUGACCGAAAAAGAGCUUUCCCAAUUCAAAAAGAAGUGCGGAUCGAUCACCCGAAAGACUAAGAGUAUUUGUGACGUCAAGGACAUCGAAGAGUUAGAUGACGAGCAAUUCGAAAAGUACAAGAAGAAGUGUAUUCUGGAUGAAGAGGACGAUGAGGAUUGUGACUCUGCUGAUGUCGAAUCGAUGAGUAAAUCGGAAUACGAGACAUACAAGUCAAAGUGUCAAGAUGAACCAAUCGAUUGUGAGAGCAUGCAUCCAAAUGAAUUGAGUGGAGCUGAGUACAAGAUGUAUCAACGAGAAUGUGGUCAUUCCGAUUCUCCUCCACAUAUUGAUAGGGACUGCAAGGACACGGAUGUUGAGAGUUUGAGUGGAAAAGAGCUCGUCGCGUACAAUCGUCGCUGCGGAAAGGAGAAAUCAGCGACUGAAUGUGCGAAUAUUAAUCCAAAGGAUCUCAGUGAUGAAGAGUAUAAGAAAUACGAGAUCGACUGCCUCUCGAAAGAAGUCAAUUGUACCACUGCGGAUCCAAGAGAAAUGACGGAAAAGCAGUACAAAAGAUAUGAAAAAGCGUGUUUGAAAAAGGAUUCAAAUUGUAAAAACAUUGAAGUGAAGAACCUGAAUGAUGAGGAAUAUGAGAAGUUUAGAAAAGAUUGUCUCGAUGAACUCGAUUGUUCGAAGAAUGUGGAUGAGAUGAGUGAAGAGGAGUACUCCAAAUACCAACGUGAAUGUCCGAAACAAAACAGAGGAAAUGACUUCAACUGCGACAUCUCAAACCCUCAGAAGCUCUCCAUGAAACAAUUGAAGAGAUUCAAGAGAGAAUGUGUAAAGGGAACUCCAGAUUGUCAAGACGUCGAGUUGGAGGAAAUGAGUGAGGAGAAGUAUGAGGAAUACGCGAAGAAAUGUCUGGAAAAGAAGACGAAAUUCGAUUGUUCGAAUGUCAAUCCAGAGGAUUUGAGUGGAGAUGAGCUCGCCAGGUAUCAAAGAGAGUGUCUUUCUGAAGAAUCUGAAGAUUGUCAAUCCAUGGAACCCAGAAAACUCACCAAGCAGCAGCUUAAGAAGUAUCAAAAAGACUGCAUCAAACAAACGGAAGACUGUAAAAGCCAGAAUCCGAAGGAGUUGAGCGACGAGGAGUAUGAGAAGUAUCUGAAGGAUUGUCUCAAGGAAGAUCUUGAUUGUGAAUCAGUGAAACCAAGUGAUUUGAGCAAGAAAGAAUACAAGAAGUUCAUGAGAAAUUGUGUAAAGAAGACUUCAGAUUGCACAACUGUUGAAGUGGACAAGAUGAGUGAUGAAGAGUACGAAAAGUACAAGAUUGAUUGCUUGAAGAAGAAGGGAAGACGAUCGGAUUGUGAUUCCAUUCGACCAGAAGAGCUGAGUCCAGAAGAGUUCCAAAAAUACCAGCGAGACUGUUCCGAUUCUCCCCACUCCACUGAGAACUGUAGAAAUGCGAAGGUUGAAGAAAUGAGUUCAAAAGAAUACCAAAAGUAUAAAAAGGACUGCUUAUCCAAUAAUAUAAAGUCGAAAGAUUGUGACGAUAUCGACCCAGACACGCUUUCAGAUAAGGAGUACUCGAAAUACAAACGAAACUGUCUUGGCCCUCGCAAACCGUCCAGCUGUAAGGACAAGAAUCCAGAUGACAUGUCCAGAAGUGAAUACAAGAAAUACAAGAGGGAGUGUCUCGAUAGUUCUUCUUCGCCGGAUUGUGAUGAUGUCAACGUUGAUGAAUUGAGUGAUGAGGAGUUUUCCGCCUACAAGAAAAGGUGCUCAAGUGUUCCAGGAGAAAAUCCAGAAGAAGGAGAUUCACCAGACUGUGAAGAUGUGAAUCCAGAUGACUUGAGUGACGAGGAGUACAAAUCCUACAAGAAACGUUGCAAACCCAAGUUCGAAGGAGAGAAUUGUGACAACGUUCGUGUCGACAAACUGAGUGAUGAGAAACUUCGGAAUUACGUCGAAAAAUGUGGAUUAUUCUGUGGAAUUGAGAGGAAAGAAGCACUUUCGAAGAAGCAUCAGAAGAUGUACGAGGAGAAAUGUGAAGGAGAUGACAGUGAAUUGGAGAAGGAUUGUAAGGAUAUUGCGAUUGAGAAACUGGGAGAAAGAAUGUACGGAGCCUUCGCUGAAAAAUGUCUUGAACCAAUCAACGCUUGCUCAAUGCUCAAAACUCGUCGUCUCGUUCGAAAAGUCUAUAAUGAGUACCGACUGAGAUGCAAACCACGUCUUCGUCCAUCGGAAAAUCCGGAAUGCAAAGAGGAAAACACGGAGAAAAUGACAUUGGAACAAUACAAGGAAUAUAAGAAGAUAUGCUCGAAUAUUGGAAAGGAUGACUGUGAUGAUGUGAAUGUGGAUGAGCUCAGCGAGCAGGAGUUCACCAAAUACAAGAAACGUUGUCCUGUGGAAGAGGAGCAUGAGGAUUGCGAAGGUAUCAAAUCGGAAGAAUUGAGUAAAGAGGAAUACAAGAAAUACGUGAAGAAAUGUGGAAGACGUCCGACUUCCGAAGAAUCAGAAGACACUGAUUGUGACUCGGUGGACUGGGAGGGAAUGAGUAUUCAGGAAUUCCUCGCCUUCUCCGAACGCUGCCGACAUACUCCAGAUUCCAUUCAAAAGUAUUGCGAUGAACUCGACUGGCAAUCUCUGUCCCGUAAGGAAUACAAAAAGAUGCAAGCGUCUUGCUCAAACGAUCCAUCCAAGGAAAGAAUGAGUCCACCAAAUGGCUCGAAUUCUCAAAAUUGCACCAGUGUGGAUGUGAAGAAAAUGAGUGAUAAGGAGUACAUGGAAUACAAGAGAGACUGUGGAACAAGAAAGUCUCCAAACCCAGAUUGUGAUGAUGUGGAUGUAGACAACUUAUCGGAUGAAGAGUAUGAGAAGUUUAAGAGAAAUUGUGGAAGAAGAAAUCCUGGAACUGGACCGGAUUACCCAGAAAAACCGAGUCGAAAGGGUUGCAAGAAUAUCAAAGUUGAGGAGUUGUCUUCACAAGAGUAUCUUGCCUACAAGAAACGAUGCUUGAGUCCAGAUGAGUCUCCAGAUUCCCCAGAAUCCUCAGAAUCCCCCGUCAUCAAGAAGACUAUUGUCAUCAAGAAACCUGAUGGAUCUUCCGGAUCUGAAGACUGUUCGGACAUCGACGUGAGCACAUUGUCAUCUGAAGAACUUGACGACUACGAGAAGAACUGCGAACCGAAACGAGGAACUCCAGAUUGUAGUGUGAAGGACACAAGUGAACUGUCUGAAGAGGAAUAUCGGAUUUAUAAGAAGAAAUGUGGAGACUCCGAGACUCCGAGAAGAGGAUCUCCAGAUGUGACCGUGGAGAAGACAGUUGUUGUGAACCCAUCAAGACCAGGACCGGAUUCAGAUGACUGUGACUCCGUUGAUGUCUCCAACCUCUCGAAUUCAGAAUACAAAGCUUAUAAGAAGAGGUGUGGAUCAGACAGAAAAACUCCUGAAUCUCCAGAAUCACCGGAAUCCCCCGAGUCCCCUGACGGAGAAUCCGUAACCGUCAAGAAGACCGUGGUGAUCAAUGGAAAUCCUGAUACCAAUCCUGAGCCUUCUGUAACGGUUAAGAAGCCUGUCAAGCCAAAGGAUUCAGAUGACUGUGAUUCAAUCGACGUCUCCAGCCUAUCGGAUUCCGAAUACAAGGUUUAUAAGAAGAGAUGUGGAUCAGAGAGAAAGACCCCGAAACCUGAAUCUCCUGAUUCUCCUGAGUCUCCAGAUUCUCCAGAAUCACCUGACGGAGAAUCGGUGACUGUCAAGAAGACUGUUGUCAUUAAUGGUAAUCCUGAUACCGGAUCGGAACCAUCUGUAACCGUCGAGAAGACUGUCGUAGUGAAGUCGGAGGAUUCAGAUGACUGUAAUUCAAUUGACGUCUCCAAGCUAUCAGAUGCAGAAUAUGAGGAUUAUCAGAAGAAGUGUGGACCGUCGAAGCCAGAAAGGAAGACUCCAAGACCAGAUUGUGAUGAUGUAGACGUCGAUAAUCUGUCUGACGAGGAGUACAAGGAUAUCAAGAAGAGAUGUGGAAAGCGUCCAUCUCCAGAAUCCGGUGAACACGCUCCAGAUGACUCCGUGACCAUCAAGAAGAUAGUUGUGAUCAAUAAGCCUCCAAGAGAUGGAUCCGGACCACCAGGAGGCUCGGAACCACAGAAUCUUGAUGACUGCUCUAAUGUGAAGAUCGCCAAGUUGAGUGAUGAGGAGUAUGAAGAGUACAAAAGACGUUGUCGACCAACAAGAAAGAAUUCAAGUCCAGAUUGUGAAGAUGUUGAUGUUGAGAAGUUAUCUGAAGAAGAGUUAGAGGAAUACCACAAGAAAUGUGACAUGGAAGGAGUGCCACCCGCUCGACCAGGAGAAAUUGACUGUUCGGAUACAAAUGUGGAGGAUUUGGAUAAGGAAGAGUUCAUCGCCUACAAGAAAAAAUGUGGAUCUCCGACUCGUCCGAAACCAAACGGACCCUCGGAACCAUCGGAUAACUGUAACGACAUCCAGGUGGAAGAGCUCAAUUCUGAACAGUACGCGGCCUACAAAAAGAGAUGUCUGAAGAACAAACCACGCCGAAAACCCGAAUCUUCAGAUGAGAACUGCGCCAACGUUGACACGGAAGAUCUCUCCGAGAAGGAAUAUCUUGCAUUUGUGCGAAGAUGUCCGGAAAGUGUUACAGUCAAAAAGACAGUUGUUUCGAACAAAGAAUGUCAGAAUAGGAAUACGGAUGGAAUGACGAAGGAGGAAUAUCGACAAUACAAGAAGGAUUGUUCUGGAAAACCACACGUUGAAUUGACGAAAACUGUGAAGAUAAUCAAUGGACCUCCGACUGGAAACCAGGAAGACGACGAAUGUCAGAGAGAUGUGAUCGAUAUGAGUGAUGAGGAGUACGCGGAACACAAGAAGAAAUGUGGAAAGCCACGGAAGACAUUCCAAUUCAAUUGUAACUCGGAUGUCAGUAAAAUGACGGAUGAAGAGUUCAAAAAGUUCCGAAGAGCAUGCAGCAAGAAACCAUUCAACUGUGAGACUGCUGACGUGGACACUCUCUCUGAUUCAGAAUACAUCAGAUACGAAAAGGAAUGUGGAAGACGGACAAAAUAUGAUUGUAAGAAUGCGAAGGUGGAGAGAAUGACUUCAGAAGAAUAUGCGGAAUACAAGAAGAAGUGUAAGAAGACAACGACCAAGAGUUCGAAUGAUUGUGAUGAUGUGAAGGUGGAAGAGCUUAGUGUUGAAGAGUACGCCGACUACAAGGAACGAUGCCUCAGCACGCCACCCCAAGAAGCUUCCACUCCUCCAUCUAAGAUCCGUCGACGCAUCGAUUGCUCCAUCGUUGAUGAGAGUAUGAUGAGUGAAGAGGAACUCGAGGAUUUCAAGAAACACUGUAAAGUGAAAGUGACCACUGAUCGAUACCGUCCAGGAGAGAAUAUCAUUUUGACAAAGAAAGUGAAGAUUCGAACUGGAAAAGAGAAAUUCAGUUGUUACGAUCAAGAUGUGGAUAAUAUGAGUGAUGAGGAGUACGCAGAGUUUGAGAAGAAAUGCUUGAGUAAUCCACAUUUCCGAUUCGAUUGCAGAACUGUUGAUACCACGAAUCUUUCCAAGGAUGAAUACGCCAAAUACCAACGAGAAUGUCAGCCGCCUGCGAAAUCAAUCGUUUUGAUCAAAAAGCUGGUGAUCAAUAAGACUGAUGAACCUGUAACUGAUGGAUGCUACAAUCGAGAUGUGGAUGGAAUGAGUGAUGAAGAAUACGCUGAAUAUGAAGUCAAGUGUUUGGGAAGAGAACCAACGGAAAUUCAAAAAAAAGUGGAGAGGAAAACUUCGUACGAUUGCCACAAUGUCGAUUUGUCGAAGAUUUCGUAUCCGGAGAUCGAGGAGCACAUCAAACGGUGUCGUUCUCGUGAAACUGCCACAACUCCACCUUCACCACCCCGUCGUCAAUCUCUCAAAUGUUCUGAUGUGAAGACAGAUGACUUGGAUGAUGAAGCGUACCAAAAAUGGGUUAAAGAAUGUCUCGCUGCUCCAAAAACUAUCAAAUUGGAGAAGAAACUCAUUAUCAAUCCGGUCACUACAACUACUCCAGCACCUCGAGGAGAACGAGUUAUUGUUGAGAAGUUUGAGAUUCAUGAGCAUCUUCGACCGGAUGAUGAUGAAGGAUAUCUGGAAGGAAAUGAGAAUUUCGGAGUGAGAAUUACAACUGGAAUCAGAAAGAAGGUGAUCAAGGGACGACCAGAUGAUGAUUCUGAAUCAGAAGCAGGAGUGAUUCUCGUCAAGAAAGUGAUUCAUAAAGUACCAGGAAGAAGACGUCCGAAGGGAACUGAUGAUGAAGAUGAUGAAUCUGGAGUCAUUGAAGUGAAGAAAAUGAUAAUGAAGACGUCACAGCCGGAACCAGAGACUGAUGAUUCAGAAGACGUCGAGGAGAUUAUGAGGAGACCACGGAAAAGAAUUGGACCAAAGGAGGAAGUUGUUCUGCUCUCUGUGACCAAGAAACAUCCACAUUCCUACCGAACGAAGGCGAAACCUGAAGAGGAGGAGCCAACAGAGGUGGUGAAGUUGGUGAAGAACACUAAGCAUCCAGACGCUGUGUUGAGAGAAGUCAGAAUUCGAAAACACUUUGGAACUGGAUAUCCUGAAGAAGAAGCGGUUGUUCAGGAGAUUGGAGGACCAGAUUUCAAGAUUACCCGGAAGACUGUGAUGAUUCCUCGUCAAGUUCGGAAGUUGAAGCCAACAACGACGACUACAACGACUCCCGCUGAGCCAGAAUACUAUUAUGAUGAGGAAGAAUAUCCAGAGAUCAUCACGAUGGUUAAGGUUGAAAAGUCGAGUCGUCCACUUCGAAAACACACGAGACCUGAUGAUGAAGAUGAUGAAUAUGUUGACGUGAAGGAGGAUAAACCCAAAGAAUACAUCGAAUUCGAAGGAUUUGUGAAAGUACACGCGGGACCGAGAAAGUUACGGAAGAGACCGAUGUUCACGGAUUCUGGAGAGGAACCGGACAUUCGAGAAGUAACAAGAAAAGUGGUUCAAGGAAGUGAAGAAGAUGAUUUCAAGGGAGUCAAACUGAGAAGUCAUCGGAAGAGAUUGAUUCUGAUUCGGAAGAUUCCAGAAGAGGCGCCAGAAGACGUGGAGCAUGAGGUGACGGUGGUGAAGAAGUUGAAGGUGAUGAAGAUUGUAAACGAGGAGACGGAGAACUUUGAUGAUGAUGAUAAUGUGGAGGAUGAUGGAAAGGUUAUUGUGAGAAAUCGGAAGAGGAAAUACAAUGUGGAUGAAGGAAGAAGACGUCCAGGAGAGGGUGAAGAGGAAGAGGAAUUUGUGGAAGGAAGAGUGGCAGUGAGAGGAAAGGCGCCGAAGGGAUUCAGAUGGACCACGCAUUCUCAUGACUCAGAGAGAAAGGGAUCCAGACCUCCAUCGAUAAGUGAGAAGAACUCGGAAUACUAUAAAAUCGGAGGAUCUGAGGAAGAUGACGUGGAGAGAAGAAGGCGGAGAAGAAAGGAUGAGGAGAGACCGAGGGCAUUGGAAGAGGAAGAAGAUGGUGGAAGGAGAAGAAGAAGACGUCCAGAAUAUGAGGAAGAGAGUGAGGAGAUCGGAAGGAAAAGCUCGAAGCCAGGUGGUUUGGAUGAAGAUGUUAUCAUUAAGAAGUUGUAUAGAAUUGGAAAGGAUCAGAAGCCUGCACCUGGGGAGAAUGUGGUGGUAACCAAGAAGAAGGUUGUGAAGUUUGGACGGAAGGGAUCGCAACCUGAUGAUGGUAACGAUGAGAGUGAAGAGAUCAAACUUCUCAAGAAGAGAAAAAUGUACAAGAUAGGACCAGAUGAGGAAGAAAUUCCAGAUGAUGAUGAAGAUCAGGAAAUCGUGAAGGUCUCCAAGAAAAAAGUCUACCGAAUCGGACCAAAUGGACAACGAAAACUUGUUGAUCAACCGGGGGCAGAUGCAGAUGAAGAUGAGGAAAUAAAGCUGUUGAAGCGAAAGAAGUUCUAUCGAGUUGGGCCAGAUGGAAAACGGGAGUUGAUUCGAACUGAGGGAGAUGGACCGGCUGUUGAUGAAGAUGGAGAAGUUGUGAAGAUUCGGAAGAAGAAGGUUUAUCGAGUCGGACCUGAUGGAAAGAGAGAACUUGUUGAUCAAGAAGAGGAUGAACCGAAGAGAAAGAUAGCACACGAUUUACCCGAGGACGAGUCUGGAGAAGAUGUGAAAGUUUCCAAAAAGAUUCGGAAGAGCUCAAAUCCACAAAGUGAUCUGCCCGAUGACCAAUCUGGAGAGGAGAUUCAGGUAAAGAAGAGGAAGAGAUUCUACAAGAUUGGACCUGAUGGAAAGAGACAAUUGAUCGGAACGGAAGGUGAAGAUGUCCCGGAAGGUGAAGGAGAAGUUGUGAAGACUGGCAAGAUGGGAUUCUCCAAACCACACCGUGAUCAACCGACUGAAGAUGAAUCAGGAGAAGCUGUUAAGAUUAUGAAGAAGAGAAAAAGAUUCUACAGAAUUGGACCAGACGGGAAGAGAGAACUCGUGAGAACUGAAGGUGGAGAUGACUCUGAAAAUGAACCAACUGAAGCUGAUGGAGAAGAUGUGAAGGUUGGAAAAAAGAUUCGGAAGAGCUCCCAACCUCAGAGUGACCAACCCGAUGACCAAUCUGGUGAAGAGAUUCAGAUGAAGAAAAGGAAGAGAUUCUACAAGAUUGGACCUGAUGGAAAACGAGAGCUUGUGAGAACAGAGGGAGAAGACGAACCAUCUGGAGACAACUCUGGAGAAGAUGUGAAGGUUAUGAAGAAAAAGAAGAGAUUCUACAGAAUUGGACCUGAUGGCAAACGGGAACUCGUGAGAACUGAAGAUGGAGAUGGACCUGAUGAUCAACCAACUGGAUCAGAUGGAGAACAUGUAAAGGUUGCGAAGAAGACUCGUAAGAAUUCUGAUUCUGAAGCUGGAAUGGACAAACCCGAAGAUGGAGAGGAGAUCCAUAUGAAGAAGAAGAGGAGGUUCUACAAAAUUGGACCAAAUGGAAAACGGCAACUGAUUCGAUCGGAAGGAGGUGGAGAUGAGUCUGAGAAUGAUCACCCUGACAACGGAAUGGAAGAGUCUGUGAUGAAGAAAAAGAAAAGAAGAUUCUACAAGAUUGGUCCAAAUGGAAAGAGAGAAUUGAUUCGAGAGGAGGAAGGAGACAGCUCUCCUAGAAUGUCCGCGAGUCACGGACUCCUUGGCCAGAACAAGAACACUUUCAGUCCGGAACCACUGAAUGAUGGAGAGAUGACCCAUAUGAAGAAGAAGAAGAAGAGAUUCUAUAAAAUCGGACCGGAUGGAAAAAGACAAUUGAUCAGAACCGAAGGAGGAGAUGCCGAUGCUCGAACCCCUCCAAUGAAAUCGGAUGGCCACGUGAAACCACCUCCUGGAGGGCAUCUAUCGGUUCCCGAUGAGUUUCAAGAUGAUGAUGAAUCCAAUGGCAAAAGAAAUGAUGUAAAGGAUGACGAUGGAUACGAGUAUGAUGUGAAGCCACGUGUCAAACGAACUUAUGUUCUUGAUGGACAGGGAAAUCGGAAAUUAGUGGAUGAGAAGACUGGAGAUGAAGAAUCGAAUUUGGACCUGGGAAACUUGCUGAAACCGAGAAGAAGGACAACGGAGACGGAGACUGUUGAUAGGGAGCAUCGCAAAAGCCAAUACGAGCAAAAACGGUCAAACAGAAAGACAAGAUCAUCGAGAAAGGCGGAACCUUUAGUUGGUAGCACCAGAGGAGGCGGCGAGAUGCAGAAAUAUCACAAAGAUUCGAAUUUGAGGUCAAGUGGAAAGAGUGAAGAAGCGAUUCCCGAUGAAGAAUAA